AUGCCCCGGGACGCCCCGGUUAAGCGGCGUCGGCGCACUGCGCUCCCGGGAGACAGCGUUUCAGCGGCCCUUGGGGACUUGCUGACUCUUCCCGUUGUAGGCAGGGGCGGCAGCGAUGAGGGCGGCCGGUCUCUCACUGGGGAGGGACGGAGACAGCGCGCCCGCCACCGCUGGGCCUCGCAACGCGCACCAUGCUGUGGGACUCUGAAUAGUGCGGCACCUUGUUUAUCUCGCGAGCUGCCACUCACGGCUCGGCCCCGCCCCCGUGCUGGAUGUUGCCCUCUGAUUGGUCAAUCUCGCUCCGCCCCCGUGGCGCGGAAGCGGCGGUUGGGCCGCGUCCAGGGCCGGCAGCUCUCGAGCUACGGCCCGCCCAAAGCAAACGGCUCCUCAUCGGAGCGGGGGCCUCUGCCCGGCCCGGUCCCGUGCGUGCCGGUCCGGCGGUGCUGCACUGCAGGCCCACGGCCGUUUGGGGCAAACGGGAAGGAGGAGUGGAAAGCGGGAGUAACCUUUAUGCGGUUGCCGUUCCAUGUUGGAAACAAGGAUCCUCGCAAGGCGGAUGGAUUGAAACAGAAUGAAAUCAGAGAAGCAAAGUGUAAAACCAGAAGCUGUCCAUAUACAGAGACCAUCUCGGUUCAUCACCUGCUCAGCCAGCAUUGGUUACCUAAAUGGGAAGUUCUCCCGCUGCCUGACACACUGGAUGGGAGGGAUUGGCGAGCUGGUGAGAAGCUGUCAGUGCUGAUAAAGCAAAGGGAGGGGUCAGCUGCAGUACGAGGAAACUGUCUUUAUCUCAACCCAUGCAUUUUUUCUUGCUUUUGCCCUUUGGAGUCUCUCCCACAUCCCACUUUGGGGGCAGUAAGUGAGCAUCUAGGUGGGUGUUUAGCUGUUGGCCAGGGUCAACCCACCACCUGCAGGAAAGCUCUAGGCUCCCUCCUCCUGCCUCCCAGCUACCAGGUGGGUGAGAAACAAGGAGAUAUGGUUGCUUUUGAGUUAGACUUCCUGCAUAUGAAAGAUCUACUACCUGAGCAUCCACAGAUAAGAAUAAUAUGGUUGUGUAUGUAUGAUUUGAUUUUCUGCCUCACAUUAAGUGCAUUAUUUCUUAACAUUUCCAAAUUCGUAGACUGUAUCGGACUUAAAUUCAGAUACAAAAAACUACUGAACUGGGUUGGGCACAGUGCAGGUAACAUGAUACCUGUUCUAAAGUCUGAUAAAAUUGCAUGCUUUCUUUUGUGUGUAAUCUCUUUUUCCUUUAUAUCACUUAAAUAUUGAUACCACAUGUCAUCAUUAUCCCUUCCAGAACACAUUCAAGGGAGUUCUGGGGGAAGGCAGACGUCAAAUUGACCUUGAUUUGACUAUGAUGGAAUGAAGACAAAGAUAUGAACUGAACUGAGUGACAUUACAAAUGAACUUAUUUUUGUCUGUCAAUAAUUCAGAUUUCAUUAAGACUAAGUCGGGUCACUGAAAUGUUAGGAAAAGCCAUCUAGUGUCAAAAAGAGGUUUAAGAAGAUCUUAAUGCCUGAAAGCUAUCUAACUGGUAUACCAGUUCUGGGUACAGUGAAAAUCAAGGACUAAAUCUGCUCAGUUACUGAUGUAGCAGUAGUGCAGAGACUAUAGCUUGUAUUGGUCAGGCAGCAGGGCACAUAAUGUACUUUCACAGAGGAAGGAGCUAAUGAAGAAAUUCUGCACGUCUAUAUGAGAAACAAUAUUGAAAAUAAGGAUAAAAGAUGGAGGAAAACCACAGAAUUUGCGAAAUUUUAUUUCCCAGAUCAAACCGUUCAUAUAAGAAGCAGAGCUGUGGCCACUGCAGAGCUUUCAGAAGGCCAAAUCCCAUAUUUCCUAUGUACAGAAGUUAUAUGGACUUAAUUCAAGCAAUAUUAACUGAAUUAGCUCACAUUUUUUGGUGUGGUCUCUCUUAUAUUGACUUAAAACUAUUUUUAGCUGUCAGGUUUAUGACAAUAGAUUUAGACCAUAAACAUGAAUUAAGCUUGCAAACAGUUGCUUCAUUCAAAGUCGUUACUACUCCCCAGCCAGCUGCUCACCAAUGACCUUUUGCAAAAAGCCACUUCCACCUACAGUUCUGCCAGCCUGUGCUCAAACGGGUCCCUCGGUGCCAGUGAGGCUGGUGAGUGACUUCAGUGAAGUGUCC